AUGGAUUUAGGUAUUGCUAUCCUUAUUUUAGGAUCAAAUGAUGAUUUAGAGAAAGAUUCUGAAUCAACUAUAUAUGAGUUAGGGGAGUUCUUACAACCGAUAAAUAAGAGAUAAUCUCCUCUUAUCGUGCAAUAAUCCUCUUAUUUAUCAACCAAGUCAUCAAAGAAUGUAUCUAGCGUAAGUCCAAUGAAUUCCUCCGAUCUUAUGAACUAAGCUUUGAGUAUAAAUUGA